AUGUCUUAUAACGACAGAUCUUACAACGGACGCAACGACGGACCUGGAGGGUACCAAGAUUAUAAUCAGAAUGGCAAUAAGUACGAUAAUUAUAAUCAAGGAAAUCGCUAUAACGAUGGACAUAAUGGCAAUUUCAACGGACCCAAUGGAAACCAAGGCAAUUACAACCAGGGUGGCCGCUUCAAUGGACCAAAUGGACCAAAUAGAAACUACAACCAGGGAGGAAGAUACCCCGGUGAUAACUAUAACCAAGGCGGACGAGGCUACAAUGGUCCUCGUGGCGGCCCAGGAAAUUAUGGACCAAAUGGAGGCUAUAAUGAUAAUAAUUACAACGGCCCAAGAGGAGGACCAGGCUACGGUGGUCCAAACGGUCCAAAUAGUGGCUACAAUGAUAAUGGACCACGUGGUGGCCCAGGAAACUACAGUCCAAACGGCGGCUACAACGAUAAUAACUAUAAUGGCCCAAGAGGAGGCCCGAACGGCGGAUUCAACGGUCCAAACGGUGGCGGAUACAACGGACCAAACGGCCCAAGGAAUGAUCCAAACGACAAAGGUAGAAGAAACGAUAAUUUCAAUGGAAAUGGAAACUUCAACGAUCGCGGUGGUUACGGCAAUGAUAGAAACGGCUACGGCAACUCCAAUGACAAUAGAGGCUACAACAACGAUAGAAACAACCACGGAAACCAAAAUGACAGAAGAAAUUAUUCUGACAGGCGACAGAACUUCGACGGACGUGGUCCAAGAGGUGGAAACCAGCAAAUCCACGACGAACCUGUUGAUGCUCCAACAACAGAAGAAUUGGACGAAGUUAGAGAUAUCUUGAAAGGAAGCAAUGUUACAGACACGCAUUCUACUGUUUCUAGGAAUGUCCAAGAUGAACCAUGGUAA